UAUGAUUGAUUGUGUUCAACACAUUUUGUGCUCCAAUCAAUUUUCUUACUUUUUUUUUUAAACUUUUCCUUAAAUACUUCCUAUGCAAACUACCUGUGAAAUCUGUGAGGUUCCGGCUCACGGGAUUCAUUUUGGAGCAAUCACUUGCCGUGGGUGCGCUGCAUUUUUUAGACGAGCCGUCAAUACAAAAACAAAUAGGAAAAGUUGUAAAUACUCAAGUAAUUGCACGAAUUUCACUGGAAAAUUCCCACAAUGCAAAAGCUGCAGAAUGAGAAAAUGUAUAAAAAUGGGAAUGAUGCCGGAAAAAGUCAAAGUGAUGCAACCUAUUUCCCAAUCUCUGGAAAUAUUUGUGAGCAGACCCAAUUUAAUAUUAUUUACAAACAAUUACGAUAAAACUAGAAAUUACAUAGACGUCAGCAACUUGAUCACCCGAGGCUUGGAAAUCCUUAAACAGGGAUUUCCGACGCCACUUGGGAUCGGGAAAACUAAUCUGGAACGAAUGGCGUCGGGAGUUGAGUUUUCUACGGCUGAGAGCAAAAUAGUAGAUGUGGUUACGGGCAAGAGUGUUUCAAUGGUUUGGGAGUUCGAUUUCAUUUCUACUGCAAAAUGGCUGACUCGUCUUCAAGAUUUUUGUACGUUACCAAUGAGAAUUCAGAUGCAACUUCUACAAACCAUUUGGCACGUAUGGUCCCGUAUGUACAAGGUUGUAAAGUCUUCAGAGCUAAGAAAGAAACAUGCUGACAGCUCAAAUCUUUUUCAAGUUUUGGAUCAAUUUCAUGUGAACUUAGGCACCACUAAAUUGGAUGUAUCGUGGCUCACAACGUAUAGCUAUGAGGAAAUAAAAUAUUUUCUAUACGGCAUUGACGAUGAUAUCUACCUACAGAGUGCAAUAACUGCAGCAUCAAAAUUAGAAUUAACAGAUGUUGAGCUCACUUAUAUGGCUGCUCAGACUUGCUUUCAGUACGCACAGAACCGAUUCGCUGGCACGGAAAUUGCCGAAGUUUGCGCCAAGUUUCAAGAGAUCCUUGCCAACGAUCUGCACACUUAUUACACAAAAGAUCAUAAGAGAACCAGUAACUAUGCUGGCAAGCUGUCGCAGAUGUUGAAAUGUGUUCAGGAAAUUCAGAAAUCAAUCAGAACAACACGCGAGCGAACAACUAUAGCUCGAACGUUUGAUAUUUAUAUUACUGAUUUUUCCAACCCCGAGAUGUUUAUUGAUAGUGGAUGUUAAAAAUAAAGUUGUUGUCCAAUUAAGA